AUGACCGAAUUCGCAGUCAGCAUUAAAGCUUUGCGCGAUAUCAGCCAAAUCGGAUUACAGGACCUACUGGAUUACACCUCAAGCCGGCUCAGGGCCGCCGGUGGAAGCUAUCUGGUGUUACGUGACCUGAUGCCGGAAGAAGAGCGACGGGCCUUUAGGGAGUGUCUACGCGGGGAAUUGAUCAAUGGAAUGAUGAUCUACACCGCCGCCGCCGUCAGGAAUCCUCACUCCAUUACUCCGCCGCCAGCUUUUCGCAAGAUUUUCCCCGUUUGCUUUGGGGAUGUGGAGGGUGAACUGGAUAUGUGGAUGCUCGAGGUAGCUGUGGAGGGAGGGGAAGGGCUCCGAGAUGCCAAGUUGAGUCUCUACAGAGAGGCAUGGUGGCAACCAGGCGCCGAGAGGGUGUUCCCGAACCUCAACGGUCUCAUCCAAAUGUGGCGGCAGCAGAGCGCAUAUCUACCUCCCCAUCUCCCCGGAACGCCGUCUACCCGUCUGGUCCUUCGUGAACUGGGGAUCUCAGCGCUGAGAGAAGCCAGGUCGCUUGUUAAGUCGUCCCUCGACCUGAUCGAGCAGGAUUUGGAGGAGAAUCGCAACGCCAUUCAACGGGUGAAGAGAACGUUGGAGGAAUACGAGCAGGAACAGGAUCAUUUGGGUCAAAUCGAGAAAAAUUCUCUAUUGCGCGCAUUUUUGUCGACGUGCCUUGAGAAGCCUUCUCUGGGUGGUGACACUUAUCACACCUUUUGUGUUCACCAAAGAACGGCAAAUCGUAUCAUUGCCGCCGCCGCUCGUGCGAAAGGGCUUGAUUUAACUCCAGCCCGGAAAGCAGCCAUGUUCAAAGUGGUGGACUACGAAGCGGUAAGACUUUGGACGACGUACAUGAAGUGCUUGCUCCUCCACAGCGAGAGCAGAAACCCGGUUCAGCCGUGUAACCCGGUCCUAGCUCGCCUUAUAAACAUAAUGGAAACCGGCGAUUGGAGCCUAGAGCGUUUGUUUGACGGCACCGUUUACGAGGCGUUCGGAAGACCGCCGUACCAACUGGACUCCGACGUGGAGUGGGGGAAGAUGCUCGCUUCAAGCGACUUCGAAAGGGACGACGACGAUUCGGGCUCGUAUCCCCCGCCCGCCGAAAUUCCUUCGUCCGCUGCGGAUCUCGACGAUGCACGCUACCUGUUGAGUAAAAGGCUGGAGUUUAUGGAGGGCACCCUCAACGAAUGGACGAGUACGGAGGAAUGGGUGACCGAGGCUCUUAGGGUGACCGAUAAGAUUGACGGGCGGUGGAAUUCAGAGUGGCGGGCAAUGGAAUAA